AUGACCACUACAGAGGCCACAACCACCGCACUACCAGAGGGUUACAUUAUUAGAAGAAUGGAAAAGCAAGAUUACGAAGGUGUGGUAGACACCUUAGCAGUGCUUACCACAGUUGGGAAUGUAUCCAAAAAGAAAUUUGAUUCCAUCAUCGAUUAUUGGAACAGUAAUGAGUUUGAAUACAGGGGAUCAAAAGUUAAUUUAUACAACCCUCAUGUUAUUGUGGAUACCAUUAAAAAUGAAAUUGCCGCUACGGGGAACAUUAUCAUUGAACAAAAAUUGAUUCAUGAUUGUGGAUUGUGUGGACACAUCGAAGAUAUUGCAGUUUCAUCAAACCAUCAAGGGAAAAAAUUAGGUAAAUGUUUAAUUGAGAAGUUGAGAAAUGUUGGGUUCCAAGCUGGCUGUUAUAAGGUUAUUCUUGAUUGUGAUGAAAAGAAUACUAUGUUUUAUGAAAAAUGUAAGUUUAAGAGAGCUGGUGUUGAGAUGCAAAGUAGGCUUUAA